UGACUGUAUAUUCAAAAAAUUAUUAAAGGAAUUAAUGACUCAGAACAUGCCAAAACCACAAAACACCGACAAAACAAUUAAUCCCCCCAUAAAAGCUCGCAGUCGUUUACUCGGCCAAAUUAAUACAAAUUUAAUAAAUAAUGAUUUUGUGUCAUCACAAAUAAUGUCAGAAACAGAAGAAAAUAAAAAAGAAGGAAAAUUUGAAAUUUGCAGAAAUUGGAUGAUUUUAAUGGGGAAAAGAAGUUUUGAAGAAAGUCAGGCAGCGAUUGAGUGCUUUUCUGAUUUGUUUAGAUUUUCGUUGGCUAUGGUAGGUGAGCUGAGAUUUAUGGAAUUAAAUCAGAAUUAUUCUUUUAUAAAAUCAGAAUUUAAUUAA